CAAGAACAAGAAGAAGAAGGGUUUGUUGGUUCCGUUGCAGACAUCUGCAGACUGGUGCUUUUUUGGAAGAGUUGUGUGUGUGUGUUUUUUUUCUUUUCUUUUUCUUUCUUUUUUUUUUUUUUUUAAACAAACCGCAAACGGAUGUGAGGCGAGGAAGGUGUUUCUUUUACUCCUAAGCCCAGAUACCUCUUUCUGUUCCUUCCAAUUUUGUUUUGCUGGACAGUUUUUUUUUUUUAAUUAAAAAGAAAGGAAAGGAAAGGAAGGAAAAGGAAAGGAGUUACUUGAUGUUUGAGUGAAAUGGACGUAAGAUUUUAUCCACCACCACCACAGCCUGCUGCCGCUCCCGAUACUCCCUGUCUGGGACCCUCUCCCUGCCUGGACCCCUACUAUUGCAACAAGUUUGACGGUGAGAACAUGUAUAUGAGUAUGACAGAGCCGAGCCAGGACUAUGUGCCAGCAAGCCAGUCUUACCCUGGCCCAAGUCUUGAAAGUGAAGACUUUAACAUUCCUCCAAUUACACCCCCUUCGCUACCUGACCACUCACUGGUGCACCUGAAUGAGGUAGAAUCUGGAUACCACCCUCUUUGCCACCCAAUGAACCAUAAUGGGCUGCUUCCAUUCCAUCCACAAAAUAUGAACCUACCUGAAAUUACUGUAUCCAACAUGCUGGGCCAAGAUGGAACACUGCUUUCAAAUUCAAUUUCUGUGAUGCAAGAUAUACGGAAUACAGAAGGAGCUCAAUAUAGUUCCCACCCUCAGAUGACAGCCAUGAGACCAAGGGUUCAGCCUGCAGAUAUUAGGCAGCCAGGAAUGAUGCAGCAUGGUCAACUGACUACCAUUAAUCAAUCACAGCUCAGUGCACAACUCGGUUUGAAUAUGGCGGGAAACAAUGUUCCCCAUAACUCACCAUCUCCACCUGGAAGCAAGUCUGCAACUCCUUCACCAUCCAGCUCAGUCCAUGAAGAUGAAGGGGAUGAUACAGCUAAGAUAAAUGGCGGGGAGAAACGGCCUGCUUCUGAUAUGGGAAAGAAACCAAAAACUCCCAAAAAGAAGAAGAAGAAGGACCCUAACGAGCCUCAGAAGCCUGUGUCUGCCUAUGCAUUAUUCUUCCGAGAUACCCAGGCAGCCAUCAAAGGCCAAAAUCCAAAUGCUACUUUUGGUGAAGUCUCUAAAAUUGUGGCCUCAAUGUGGGAUGGUUUAGGAGAGGAGCAAAAACAGGUCUACAAAAAGAAAACCGAAGCAGCAAAGAAGGAAUACCUGAAGCAGCUAGCUGCAUACAGAGCGAGUCUCGUAUCCAAGAGUUACAGUGAACCUGUUGAUGUUAAAACAUCCCAGCCUCCUCAGCUGAUUAAUUCUAAACAGUCAGUGUUUCACGGGCCCACUCAAGCUCAUUCAGCCCUCUACCUAAGUUCCCACUAUCACCAACAGCCGGGAAUGAAUCCUCAUGUGACUGCCAUGCACCCUAGUCUCCCCAGAAAUAUAGCGCCGAAACCUAAUAACCAAAUGCCAGUGACUGUCUCUAUAGCCAACAUGGCAGUGUCUCCUCCUCCUCCCCUUCAGAUCAGCCCACCUCUUCACCAGCAUCUCAAUAUACAGCAACACCAGCCAAUCGCAAUGCAGCAGUCAAUUGGAAACCAACUACCAAUGCAGGUCCAGUCUGCCUUACAUUCACCCACAAUGCAGCAGGGGUUUACUCUUCAACCUGACUAUCAGACUAUUAUCAAUCCCACAUCUACAGCUGCACAGGUUGUAACCCAAGCAAUGGAGUAUGUGCGUUCAGGCUGCAGAAAUCCUCCAGCACAGACUGUGGACUGGAAUAAUGACUACUGCAGUAAUGGGAGCAUGCAGAGGGACAAAGCGCUGUACCUUACCUGA